AGCUGAUAUUGUCACAUGAUCACGGUAAACUUCAUGCAGUUAGCCGCUUAGCAUAACAACUACCAGCCUACAACAGAGCGCGAAUGGCUGAUAGAGAUGUAAAAUGAAACACCUCCAAUGGCAAAUGAUUUUGCGGAAUGAUUGCAGGUGUUUUGGUCAGUUAGCGUUGCUCAGCAGUUGGGACCGCUAAGCAGUGAAGUGUCACAGUGAGAGUCGUUAUGUUUCCCUUCGGCUGUGAAGCUGAGACCUCACUCCAGGACCUGUUUGAGUAUUUCAAGAGGUGCCUUCAGCACGGAGAGUGGGAGCUGGCCAAUGCCUGUGUGUGUCAGCUGGUCAACUCCAGCCUCUCUGCAAACCUCAGAGACAUUAUCAAAGCUAUCAUCUGCCAUCCGUACAAGUUAAAAUGGGAGUCUGUGGGCAGCCCUCACAAACUGGCCUGGUUUUGGCUUCAGACUUUGGAAAAAUGGACAGAAGAGAGGAUUUCACCCAACAUCAAGAAAGAACUGGAAUUCCUGAUGCUCCUGGAAGAACUGGCGUCAGAGAGCAUCACAGAGAAAGUUCUAAAGGAGUUACACCUGGCCUUCCUCAACUGCCAUUCCGACAAAACAGCUGCAGGAGGUCCAAGGUCAACAGAUGCUGCUGUCGAGUCCUGCCUCCAGACCUUGCUGGAGAAGAAGAAGCCCAGACUAGCUCAGUCUUUAGCGCAUUUCUUACAGGAACAGUUUUCCACAGAGGACCAUAUUCUACAGCAGGCAUUUAUCCAACACCUGCUGAAGAAGCUGAGGAGGCCAGAGAAGAAACCAGAGAAGAUGGAAGAAUGGGUAGAGGAAAUAUAUGCAGUGUUGUCAGUUAUGCCAUGGAGCUCUAGUGAAAUCCGUGGACAGUUUGAGGCCCUGUGUGAAGCUCUGUGGGCAGCCAGAGACGGUCCACUGAAAGAGGAGAGAGUUCUAAGCUCUCUGCUCCGGCCUCAGUGUGACACUCUGGUCUCCAUGUACUGCUCCACUGCUGUGAGGCUGCAGCGGGAUCAUCUGCUCAGGAACACACCCGACACACAAGUGGAGCUCCCUGAGGCGGAGAAGUUGACUCUCACUCUGUGUUGCCACAAGGACCGUGCAUCCAUUUGGAAGACCAUCUACUUUGAGUGCCUUAGUAGUGGGAAGCACUUUCUAGAGCAGGUGUUGGUCACUGCUCUCGACCUGAUCAAGCAGGAGGAGUUUCCUCGGCUGAGAGAUUUACUGCAGCUGGAGUUUCAGCCCUUGUCUCGGCUGCUGCUGCUGCUGGGCUGGACUCAGUGUCGUAGCCUUAACUCAGCUCAGCAGCUCCUCACUGUCCUUCACAGUGAACAGGCAGCAGCCAGUGACUGUGUUCUGCAGGACUUUGCUGAUCUUUUGUCCUCUCAGCUGAGGAUACUUGAGUGGUGCAAAAACAACAACCCAGAUAUUACCUUGGAUGCGUUGUUGACGCAGCUCCACGCUCUGGAAAGUCACUCGGCUCUUUACGUUCUCCACUCUAUGACUCCUUUACCCCAGUUUGAAGAGCGUAGAAUUCUAGAUCUGCUCCAACAACUGCCACAAAAAGCAGGACCAGAUGAAACCCACGGUUUCCUCAGCCCAGCUGUACAGAAGAACGUUGUGUUGUUUCAGGGUUUCUGUGCCAUUAAAUACGCCAUCUAUGCUCUCUGUGUCAAUGCUCAUAAAUACUCCAACUGUGCUGAAUGCAAAGCCACGCAGCAGCUAAAUGAAGCAGGAGAAGGCCAAACUUCAACUUCUUCAGAAGGUUGUCAUUUGCGGUUCCAGUUCCAGCACUGUCUCUCAGAGUGUCAGCUCUAUCUAGAGGCGGUCCCCGCCAUGUUCCGUCUGGAGCUCCUGGAGAACAUCUUCUCCCUCCUCUUUCUGUCCACAUCUGACUUUACGCUGCAGACUCAAAAAGACACAAACACAAAUCUGAACACAACCACUUUAAACCAGGAAUGUUCAUCUCAUAGGAAAAACUCAAAUAUAGAACCAGAAGCCAAACUAGCUACUGAUGAGAUCGAUCACAGCACAAAAGAGAAGCAGAAGGUCCGUACGUGUUCAUCCACAGCCACCUACCACAACCACCUGGACCUGGGGCACUUGAUCCAGGGCUGCAAGGGUUUCUUGGCUGAUAUCACAGCCAUGGAGGGAUUUCUGAGGCUGCUGAAAGAAGGACUGGAGGGCAUGUGUGUGGUGGGUCAGCAGGACGGAGGGAGAGCUCCAGCUCGGCAGGCUGAGGCGGUGGAGAACCUUGGCUGCUCGGUGACAGCGGAGACUUUCGGAGCUCGCCUACAGAAGUUGUCCAAGCGCACGGCGGAGGCUCAGUGGAGGCUUCAGAUCAUCACCAGCAACUGGGGCAGUGAGAGUGGCCCAGAAAGUCCACUCCACACCUCAGCUGUCAGCAGUGCUGCCACUCCUCUGGGCCGGAGUAAGAGCUCCAGUCUGAGGAGGAGGAGGAGGCCAGGGAGGCAUCACACAGAGAGACAAACAUCCAUCGACAAACACAACGGAGAAGUUAGCACCAGUGCAUCAGAUGGUGGAGGAGUAGGAACUCCAACAGGUUGUGUAAACGUGGAGGUCUGUCCCUGCGGUGGCUCCCAUACUUGGCUGGUCCCGGCCAUGCUGUCCCCUGCAGAGUCUCUGCUCAUGUCUUGCAUCCGCCGAGGAAACUUCAUGGAGGCUCGUCAGGUGUCCCUGGUGUUCGACCUGGCCUCGUCUCCCUGUUGUGGGGAGCUUGUGUUCAUGGAGCGAUACAAAGACGUGCUAGUGGAUUUGGCCCAGGUGGAGCAGAAGAUGGAGAGUCAGUCCAUGUCUUCAUCAUCAUCUUCAUCAGAAGGUUUAGGCUCAGCAGCCCUGACUGGCACAGGGAGGGUUCGGCUGGGCAGCAGUGGACGGUCCACUCUGCAGGCCAUCGGGAGUGCUGCUGCUGCAGGUGUUGCUUUUUACUCCAUCUCGGACAUCGCUGACCGUCUCCUCAGCACCCCCGCUCACUUGAUGCCCUCCCUGGAAGAAGGUUACUGGCUGAGCUGUUGCUCUUCAGACCCUGUUGAGUUAGUUUUCACCCUGCUGGAGGAGCUCAGCCCUGCAGCCAUGGCAGCCUUUGACCUGGCCUGCUGUCACUGUCAGCUUUGGAAGACGUCCAGGCAGCUGCUGGACACAGCGGAGCGGAGACUCAACAGCAGCCUGGAAACCAGAGCCAUACCAGUCGAUCACAGAGUCCCUCACCCUGAUGGAAUCUGUGGAUUUCCAAUGAUAUUACAUCAGAUCAGCAAGAUCCUGAAUCACUUUGCUUCCAAUAAGAGCUCCGUCAAAACAGAAGCAGUGGUGGAGGACCAAGUGUUUGCCACUCCGUUUGGAUGCUGCAUUCAGGAAGUUCUCCUGUGCUGCCACCCGACACUGACUGAGGAGAGUAUCUCUGCUCGUCUCAGUCUGGCUCAACGUUUGGAGACAACACUGCAUGUUCUGAGCAGAGCUACAGAAGAUUCAGAAGGCAUUGUGGGUAGUGCUCUUCUGGGCCUGUUGGUGGAGCAGGCCAACAUGAAGCAGUCAGAGCUGGAAGCUCACCCUGUGCACACCAACAUGAAGCUGCUGCUGAGUUAUCUGGACCAGCUCUGUCCAUUUGAGCCUGACAGAGACCCAGCCAGACCAGACUAUGUCCGCAUCUUCAUGGACUACGUCAACACGCUCUCCUCUGUGCUGGUUCGCAGCCUGUCAUCUGAAGACCAAAGCAGUGAAGUCAAAAUGGGAAAUCCUCUGCUGGUGUUGCUUCAAUCACCCUUUCAGCUUCUUUCCCACCUGCACUUUGACAGACAGGUGUCUCCAGACAGAGUUUCUGCUUUGCUACAGCAGGAAGGUCUGCAGCUCAGCAUCCAGCAAGUGAUUAUCCAACGAUGCUGUGAGUCGUUGCCCUUGUGGUUCUCCUCUCCAGGAACUGAACCAACCUUCUAUCAGUCCACAGGAGAUGAAGGAGUGUUCAGUGUUUCCAAUUUGUUUGCACUCCUCCAACAUCAUGCACAGGAGCACAUGGCAGCUCUCGGAGUUACGGAAACUUUCUCACAGACUCAAACCGACGUGAACUCGGACUCCGAGACCUCGAUGGAGGAACAAUCCUCUUCACCUGUGGUCAUCUCAGCCUCACCGCUCUCUCAUUCCUCCUCCUUCUCGUCAUUUAACUCUUUUCUUCUCACACCAUCAGCUCUGUCUUUUCUCAAAUCUCACUCCCCCUUACUGGCCACACUGGCCUGUCUGAGUGCGUGUAAAGGAGAAACAGUCAGGACUCAGUCCUCUGGAUGGUCGGGGUAUUUUCGCACUGCACGCAAAGAGAUUGUCUUAGAUUUUGAGCAGAUUUCUCGUGAAGCUGACAACCUCCUCAAAGACUUCCCCAUCCUCUCAUCCUACCUUCACACCAUGGCUGAACCAGUGCUGGACACUCCACUGACAGCUGACGUCGACGGUUCUUCCGCUGGCCUUUCAUCAGUGUUAUGUGGAAAACCUCUGAUGGCUCUCAUUUUGUCUGGGCCACAGGAUGAAGUCACUCAGGCUUUGGCUGCUGAGGCUUUUCAGAAGGCGAUUUCUUCCAGAGACCUGACCCGUGCCCUCAGGCUAAUGGAGCUGUAUGGGGCGGGCUGUAGCCAGCAGGGGGUGCUAAGAGACCAGCUCUUGGCCUGUGCUGCUUUGGAAGGUGGAGAUAACGGUCCAAGUCAGCUCUUCCGUGUAAACGACGCAAACCUUCGAGGACGUGUUACCCUCUGUGUUUUAGAGCGAUGGCCUUUGUCCUCAUGUCUGGAGCUUCUGGAGUUCUGUCUGAACGAUCCGAACAUGGAACCGAUGCUGAGGAAAGACCUGGAGCUGAAGAAGAAAGAACUGGACAUCUAUCACUCGAUGUUGACUCUACAGCCUCCGCUGCCCUGGGCGACUUGGCAGGAGCUGAGAAACGAGUCUAAGACAAACUCUGAGUCCUUGUUUUCUCUGAUGUUGGAGGCAAAAGAGUUUGCUCUUUGUGACCAGUGGGUAGACUUAUAUCCGGUGUCUGAGCAGCUGAGGCUGCAGCUCAAGACUGAGCAUUUGCUUCAUCUGUUGGAGAGUGGACACACAGAUGAAGCCUUUCAGUUACUCCAUGGUCUCUCUGAUCUUCUGGUGGGCCUGGACAUUUGUGAACGGGCUCUGGACCGCUGUCCUGGACUGGCAGCCUGUCACUUCCUCUCCGACUACCUCACCCUCCAUUUUCAGAAGCAGGUGUCUCCUGCACGUCGACGUCACAUCCACGCUCUACAUCUGGGCUCAAAAGUGUUGCUGACUCUGCCCCCUGCAGCCAGGCAGGACUAUUUCCCUCUGCUGUCAGAGCCUCUGCUGAUGCUCGAGCAGCUGCUGAUGAAUCUGAAGGUGGACUGGGCGGACAUGGCGGUGAGAACCCUGCGACGCCUCCUGGUUGGUCAGGAGGCCGGCUUUGGUACGGAGGACAUCAAUAAACUUCUGUCAGACUAUGCCUGCAAAGCCCUGGACUUCUCCUGUGCACCCAAAGAGCGAACCAGAUCUGACUCAGUGAUCAGCCUUCAGGAUGCCCUGCUGCAGUGUCCUGUUCAAGACACUUGCUCCACAUCAUCCAACAAAUUUGAAUCUCCAGCUUCUUCUGCAAACAGCACCCCCACCCACACCCCCUCCUCCAGCCUAUCAGAUAGAGAGAGGGAUCGAAGCUGGACUGAAAAGAAACGCCGUUUACCUGCGAAGUUCCAGCCUCCGGACCAGCCUCCUGCUCGGAAAGACUGGGUCCCUGACAACAAAAAAGAUGUUUGCAUGGUUUGCCAGCGUGAGAGGUUCUCCAUGUUCAACAGACGACAUCACUGUCGACGCUGUGGUCGUCUGGUGUGUCAGGCAUGCUCUGAGCACAAGAUGCUCGUUGAUGGGUGUCCAGGAGAAGAAGUCAGAGUCUGUGACCAGUGUUACAACUACUUCCACCCAGAUUCUGAUGAUGAGCUGGAAUCACCUGAAGCAGUCGGAAAUCCGGUGAGGACAGAAGAAACUUUAACUGACAUUCUGCAUCUGCCUGAAGUUGUCCAAAGAAAGAUUCACCUCAGCACAAACCCAGCAGAGAACCAGCUGCUGCGGAGCGAGUUCUACUAUGAACAGGCUCCCAGUGCGUAUCUCUGUGCCUCCAUUCUGUCUCUGCACAGUGACCAGACCUCCUGCGGACAUCAGCUCAUCUUCCACUGCCGCUCCCUUUCUCGUAAACUCACCAACCCUGAGGUGGAUGCCUGCCUUCUCACUGAUGUCAUGAGGCAGCUGCUCUUCAGCGCCAAGCUGAUGUUCGUCAAGGUUGGACGCAGCCAAGACCUGGCCCUGUGUGACAGUUACAUCAGCAAAGUAGACGUGCUCAAGAUCCUGGUGUCGGCCAACUACAAGUACGUUCCCUCUCUGGACGACAUUCUUGAGCUGGCAGCUGUCUCACGACUUCGUAACCAGCUGCUUGAGGCGGAGUAUUACCAGCUUGCAGUGGAGGUCUCCACAAAGACUGGCCUGGACCCUGGUGGUGUGUGGCAGGCGUGGGGAAUGGCCUCUCUGAAGGCAGGAAACCUUUUAGGUGCAAGGGAGAAGUUUUCUCGCUGCCUUAAAGCUCCAACAGACCGCAACCAACUCAACCAGGGAUCUUCACUGGUCCAGGAGAUUGUGCAGCAUCUGGAGACUGCAGUGUGGCCCGCUGGGAGCACAUCUUACAACGACGACAUCCUUGCCUCGCUGCGGGAACUGGAGGACGCCCUGAACGACACAGUUCCAGCUGAAAGACCGGAGGUCCAACCACAGAGCAGCGGCCUCAACCAGGAGUGUCUGUUCUACCUGAACACAUACGGAACUCACCUGGCACUGAUCAGCUUCUACAUGAGACACGACUGCAUGUCAGAGGCUCUGACCUACCUGUUCAACAGAGAGUGUCCUGAGGAGGUGUUUUUAGAGGGUGUGGUACAGCCCACCCUGGAGCGAGGGAAACUUGGCUCUCUGCAGGGAAUUUUGGAAAAACUUGAUCCUGGCCUGGAAGGAUGCAGUCGCUACCUGAUUGCAGCCUGCCAAUUCCUGCAGCGGCGAGGGUAUUUUAAUACUCUCUACCAGCUGCAGCAGUUCAUGAUGGACCACGUCCGUGCAGCCAUGACCUGUAUUCGCUUCUUCACACAUAGAGCCACUUCGUAUCUGCAGCUGGGAGAACAGCAGCGAUGGUUGGUCAGAGCCAAGGAGCACCUGAGGACCUACCUUCAGGAGCAGCAGGCCAGAGGCACGGGGAGGAGAAAAACUCAGGUCAAAUCCUUCAGGAAGACAAUGUCAUCCAGUGAUGUCUCUAGGCACAUGAACACGAUCGAGCUGCAGCUGGAGGUGACUCGUUUUCUGCAUCGCUGCGAGACGGCUUCUUCCUCCAAGUCUCCUCCACCUUCCUCCAAAUCCCCUGGAUCCAACUCACCACCCACACUGUUUGGAGGAGGUCCAACGAAGGUGGAGGUGGCCUGUAAGGUGAUGCUGGGGGGUAAAAACAUAGAAGAAGGCUUUGGCAUCGCCUACAGAGUCAUACAGGACUUCCAGCUGGAGGCCCAGGCCGUCUACACCCGGGCCGGUCAGAGGCUGGUUAGAUACCAUCAGUACGGAGCCGUUCGACAGCUGCUGAAGUGCGUCAGUGAAUCAGGAACUGCCACCAAAAACGACUGCGACGCCCUGAUCCUCAGCUGUGUCUCUGUGGCUGAUAAGGGGCCGUCUGAUGCAAAAGAGCUGGAAGGUCUCAUUCUGGAAACAAAAACCACAGAAGUCAAGAUCAAAGCCUACCUGCUCUGUGGUAAACUGCGACCGGCGUAUCUGCUGGCGGUGAAGCUGGAGCCCAGCAGGGCCGGACCUCUGGUCCAGGAUGUUCUUCAGGCUGCUGAGUCAGCACAGGACUCUGUGAUGCAGAACAUCUGCAGGCAGUGGCUUUCUGAACAUCACAACAAAUCAUCUCAACAGCGUCAGAGUCGACCCAGUGCCAGGUAAAGGAUCGGCCAGCACAACAACAUGGGCAACAGCAGGGGGAGCACUUUAACUUAUGUCACUUCCAGAUGAAGACUAAAUGAAUACAUCAGGGUUUCUGCUGUGUGUGACUGUAGAAACUGAAUGAUUAUGUUUGUAAAACGUUGAAGGUUAAACUCCCCUUCUUUGAGUGCACGGUGUUUGUGAAGCACAGCCCAGACUGUUCAGAUAAGACCAGGGCAUGAAGAGAAUUUGGUCCUAAUAAGAUCACUAGACUGUUGAGCAGCCAAGGACACUCCUGUGUCACUGUAAAAUGAAGUAGUACUUCAUCUGGUACUUUAAUUUAAUUCUGGAAUCUCAGACACACACACAGGUACUGGGAGCCCAAGUACUGUCAGUGGUUUCCAUGCCAUAAUUUGAGAACCGCUGCCGUACCACAUUGAAACCCUGGUGACCUACUGGUCUGCAUCUGUGAAUUGCUGCUGUCUAUGACACACAAUAUUCACCACUGUGCUUUAUUUACAUUUCUGUCAACCCUCACCUGUAAACAGAAUUCUAGGGAACAGAGUAACUUGUGGUGUAGCCAUCCUUGCAGCAUAUCUCCACAGUGGGGCAGUAUUUGAGAGUUAAGGUUUAUAUCCUACCUCAGCCUUAAGGGAAAAUGUCCUAAACUGAUGGAUGUGUUACUUGUUGUCACUAGUAUCGUUUCCAUGACGUUUUUAAUUGGGUCUAAAUGUUUGUGUGUGGUUUUAUUUUAUUCUGAUGUGAAUGCAAUGAAAUACGCCUGAUUUGUUUGAUCCUGGUGAAGUUCUAUAGCUGUUCCCUCUCUGCUCAGCUCUCAUCACGUUCUCCCUUUUGAUAGUGAAGGAAUUUCAAGUAUUUAAGGGCAUUAACAGACAGGUUAGGACUGGAAGAUAAAGGGAGUAAAUUAUUAAAAAUAUGCAACGGUAUCAUCUGUGCAGACGACACUUCUGUCUGUGAAUAAGCAGCUUUAAUGUCUUUAUCAUUUCAUGUUUUUAGGUCAGAUUGUAAAAUGUCAAAAGAAUAUGAGAGAAAUAGUGAAUAUAUUGAGAAAUGAGACCAACGUAUCAUGUAUAAGGAUACAUAUUAAAACCAGAUGAACAUGCUAACGUGCAUUUCUAACAGCGCAUUUUGCCUGGAGCUAAUUUGAACUUAUUUCUGAACCAGUCUCGGUGUUAAAUUAAUGUAAUGUUGCAGAAAAAAAGGAUGUGACUGUGUUUACGUGUCAUCCGUCGAUGUGCAGUUCUUGAUAUUGUCUGCUUUUUCUUCACAAUUUUUUAGUGAUUCACCCAAAGAAUCAAUGGAUUUUGUAGCUUUUAUUCAGGCAGAUAUAAGUGUGUAGGGAUGAUCUGGAAAGUUACACGCUUUUCAUCUAUGUGUGCACAUUCUGAGGGCUUAUAGACGCAUCUUGGAAAACAAUAAUUAAAGUCUGGACUUCUGGUCAGAAAAUUAUCAGAAACAUUUAAAACCUUGGGGAAACACAGUACUAGAUGACUAGAUGUAAAUGGCGUCAACAAGUCGACUCACACAGAAUCCUGAAACGACAGUUGUGAUCAGCACCACAUGAUGAAAAACCAGUUUUUUUCUUUGUCAUUUUUUUAACUGAUAAUUGUUAGACGACAUUCUUGCACUGUUACCGUCUUUACCUUUGACUCUUCUCUCUUCACUGCCGCACUUUAUACCACCAGGUUUGUAAAUAUCCGCAUUUGACGAGUGGUGAAAAAGAACAAAGUGAGUGUUAGUGAUGCAGGGAUGAUUUUGCCACUUCUUGUAUAAAUAAAAUGUGAAAUAAUUAAAGACAUUGAAUAGAAAAA